AAAAAUCAAAGGGGANGAAUUAAGCGGUAAAUUUUGAUCAUAUGAGUUCCCAUUCAACAAUAAUCAAUCAAUCUUUGAAUAUUUUGGAGCAAUGAGCAAUUUGAUUCAAGAAUCAGCAGAACCCCAAAACCCAGAACAACAGCAUUUCGAUUCCCGCUUCUCCACUCUCUGCCUCAACCCCGGCGGCACCCACCACCGCCGUCCUCCACUCUGUUCUUCAUGCGGCCGCCGUCCACCUCGCUGCGCUGCCACACACAAGAAACGACGCUCCCCAACGCAGAUUCAAGACCCCACAGCCACCACCAAGAAGCACCUUCUUGAUCCUAAACAACACAAUCUCACUUCCUUCUCCAAGAUCGAUCUCCCAAUCCCCUUCGGCCCUUCCUCGGCCCAUCCCACUCCCUUCUCCCCUCUCUCCCGCUCUGUUUCCGACCCCACCGAAGCUCGUAAUUUCUCCCCUCCGUCGCCAGCCAAGCGCUUAUGUCCCAACUCGGCGCUCCCGCCGCUGCCCCUCCGGCGUACGGUUUCAGACCCGACCCCCUCCACUGACAAAACCUCCGUAUCCCCUCUUACAAUUGGGAGAGUGAAUGAUUCGAUCAAAGAAGACAGCCCCGAUUCAAAGAGGCUGAGAAAAAUCAAGGAUCGACUGAAGGAGAUGAAUGAAUGGUGGAACGAAGUGAUGAGUGAACAAGAACACGAAGAGGAAAAAAGGGAUGAAAAUGAGACCAAAAAGGUAGUUGAGUGUUGCAAGGAAGACGAGGAUGAAGAAGAAACAGUGGGAGUGGAGAGAGUGGGGGAUUCAUUGGAGCUUCGUUUGAAGUGUCCCUGUGGCAAAGGCUUCGAGAUUCUUCUCUCUGGAACCAGCUGUUUCUACAAGCUUCUGUAGAAUUACAUGAUUUUUUUUUUUUUCUUUUUUUUCAAAUUUCAAAUCAAGAUAAUAUGAAAGAAUGGGCCGAAACCGGCUCGCCUUGUUCUUUUUGGGCUAUGACAGGAGUUUUGAUAUGAACUAAUGGGCUUUUGCUUUGCUUUGUUGUGUAAGAAUGGGCUUCCCCAGGGCCCAUUUUCAAGUUGGUUGUCGGAUUUUGGAUACUGCCACAAAAUCUUGAGCAAUUAAGCAAUAAAUAAGGACUUCUUUAAUUUCA